AUGCUAUCAUAUGCUAAUAAGCCGAGGUCAAAGCAAAGUGAUAUUCGAAAUGAAUUAAAUGAGAUUAAAAUGAUUUGUGCACAUCAUAAAGCAUUAUGUCAAAGUUUCAUGCAGUGGAAAGUUGACAUUGAUGAAAAUGAUGCGCAAUUGAAAAUUUUAAAUGAAGCAGCUAUGUCACUUCGUAAACGGCAUGAAAACAUUGUGGCGCAGUUGUCCAAUGGACCAGUAGAUGGUAAAACAGUGAUACAGUUAGAAAAUGAAAUUAGAAAAAUCGAAGCACAGGUAAAUAUGUGGAUACGAGAAUUAGCUGAAAUUAAUAAAGCACGAACUAAACUUGAGAUAGAGUUUGUAUAUCUACGAUCAAAUAUACGCUUGAAUACGGUAAAUAUUGAAGUGGCAAACGUGGAUAUUAAUCGAAUUGAAUUAAAUCAUCGCCAAAUGUGGAACAAUUUCUUGUAUAAUAAUGAUAACAAUGAUAACGAGCUUAUCAGUAAUGAUAAUAAUAACUAA